GGAUUGUUCCUUACACCUGAGGAGUUUUACAAACGCCUUGACGACAUGAACGUGUUAAUUGUAGACGUUCGACAAACUAACGAAUACGAUCAAACUAGAAUCAAGAAAAAAAUGCAGGAGGCAUGAUUAAUAUUCCACCCGAACUCAUUCAACCAGGCCUUUUCGCAAAUACGCUAGGGCUUAAAUUGCCACCAGUGACCUGUGUAAUCUGGGAUAAGCGAGAUAGCUUCGACUGCAUUGUCAUUUUGGAUUAUGACACAACAAAGUUUACCUUAUGGAUUGUCGAAAUUACAACUGACUACGCAUAUUCAUAACUGAGUGGGACUGCAACAGAAGCUACCGGGAGCUCCCAUUUAUCCUAGAUGGCGGUUUAAAAGAGUUCGUUCAAUGUUAUCCUUCAGAAGUAGAGAAUUCUGGUUGUUUGUUCGCUAAGCAAAGCUCGGAGAUCGACGAUUUGUUGGAUAUAGACUCAGUGGAAUAUCCUGGUUCAGCCUCAGGAGGACUUCAUAGAAACCUCAUGGUUGAUUCGGCAUAUUCUAUGGGCAACAUAGCAAAACCUGUAGAGAGGGACUUCUCCGCAGAAGAAGACCAUGAAGUAGCGCUUAAAUUGCGUAAUAUACGUUCAGAAGGGGCAUUGCCGAAAAAUUCGUACUUUGCCAAGGAGCCAGGUGUAUCUAGUGGCACUUACACGAGCAUUUCCGAGCAUCGAUUUCCAAUGGAAUACAACAAAGGAAACAUUAACCCUGCAGCUUCGACGGACUUCAUGAAGCCGCAAGAUAUGUCGGUUGAGGAACGCGAGGUAAUUUAUUCAUUUAUUAUUGCUUAAUGAAAUAAUGCCCGCCAGUGGC